AUGAGAGACUUAGUUGUUCUUGGAGGCUCAUCACAUCCAUUACUUACAAAAUCAAUAUGUAGAAAUUUAACAAUUGAACAAAGUAGAUUAGAUUCAAGAAAAUUUUCAAAUGGUGAAACAUCAAUAGUUGUACAAGAUAGUGUUAGAGAAAAAGAUGUCUAUAUUGUACAAAGCGGUUGUGGUCAUGUUAAUGAUACUUUUAUUGAAUUAUUAAUUACUAUAGCUGCUUGUAAAACAGCAAGUGCUAAAAGAGUCACUGCUGUAUUACCUUUGUUUCCAUAUUCCAGACAACCUGAUGUUCCUUUCUUACCAAAUUCAACUGGUGCUCCUAGUUUGACUACAAAAAAGGAUGAUUAUACUUUUGAAAGUGCACCAAGUACUCCAAGACCAUUAUCACGAGAUGGAACUAAGUCAUUUGAUUUUAGUAAUAGUAAUUCAAAUAGUAUAGGUUUAAUGCCUGAUGUUUCAAAAUUAAAAGUCAACAACUUAAAAACUCCACAACCAGUAAGGUAUACACCAAAAUCCAUAGUUACAAACUCAUCAUCAACUAAUUUCUUACCUCAAAUAGAUGCUCAAGGUAAAACUGAAAGUGGGUAUAAACAAUGGAUUGCACAAAAUGGUACACUUAUAGCCAACUUAUUAUCAACAGCAGGAGCUGAUAGGAUUAUAACAAUGGAUUUACAUGAUCCUCAAUUCCAAGGGUUUUUUAACAUACCAGUUGAUAACUUAUAUUCAAGACCAAUUUUAAAACAUUAUAUAAUGGAUUAUAUCCCAAAUUAUCAAGAUUGUGUUAUUGUAAGUCCAGAUUCAGGUGGAGCUAAAAGAGCUACUUCUAUAGCUGAUACUAUUGGAUGUUCAUUUGCUUUGAUACAUAAAGAAAGAAGAGCAAAAGUUGCAAAAGGUCCACCUCUGACUUCUUCUAGUUCUUCAUCAAUAUCUGCCGGAGCUGCUCAACAACAAAUACAACGUCAACAAUAUAGUCAACAACAACAGCAGCACCAUCACAAUCAACAACUUCACCAUCAUCAUAGCUCAACUCAACUACAACAAGCUCCCAAAAUGGUUGCUACAACUAUGUUAGUAGGAGAUGUUAAAGAUAAAGUAUGUGUUUUAAUUGAUGAUUUAGUAGAUACUUCAUAUACCAUAACGAGAGCUGCGAAAUUAUUAAAAGAUCAAGGUGCAAAAUAUGUAUAUGCAUUAGUUACUCAUGGUAUAUUUAGUGGUGAUGCAAUUAACAGAAUAAAUAAAAGUCAAAUUGAUAAAUUAGUUACAACAAAUUCAGUACCACAAAUUGAAAAUGUUGCUAUAUUGGGAGAUAAAAUGGAAGUUUUAGAUGUUAGUAGGAUAUUUGCGGAAGCUAUAAGAAGAAUCAAUAAUGGUGAAAGUGUAAGUAUGUUAUUCGAUCAUGGAUGGUAA